UUGUGUUUCUAUUAGGACCCAACAUAUAUGUUGAUGUUAUCCUGUAAUUUUGAGCAAAACGCUUUACUUUUCAGUUAUUCACGUUGAAAGCCACGCACGUUUAUUUUCAGACCAUCCCUGUACGGCUGUGAAAUCAUGGCCUCCUGCUGUCAUGGUAGACCGUACGGGACUUUUGCGUUAGUUUUCAUUAUCUUCCGUUAAAUUAAUGCCAUGUAAACAUCUCAGAAGUUAGGGUUUAACACGUGUUUUUUUGACCCGUCUCACUGCAGAUAUGGGUUAGCCAUUGUGAAUCGGGCAGCGUUUUAAAAUAAGUACUUUGUCAGACCAUCGUUAUUCACAUACAAAAAAAUGUACAAUUCAACAUCUAGCAAAGGACUCCUGCGGUCGGAGGAAUGUUCUGGUAAUGGCAGUAACCUCUGGGCCCGACACAGCCUGAAACCCACCAGGAGACAUGAGACUGACACUAACGUUAGCCUGCUUAGUUUGGCAAGCGAAGAGGACGAUGAAGUCCAGUUUGACACUUCUGACACAGACAAUAACCGAGGUGAGGUGUUAUUGGCUGGUAGACAUUACCCGUCCAUCCAAGAGUUUGCCUCGGCAAUCCCCAACCACCUUCUCCUGGGGUCUCUGCUGGAGCACCUGUGUUUCGUCUACGAGAGUAAUCCAGCACGCUCACGUAUGCUGUUUAAAGUCAUUGGCCAGCGUUUAGCAGCCAUGAACCUCCUCUCACCAUUGGCCAUAAGUGAUGAGUUCAGCACUGUCAGACUUCAGCACAACCGGGCCUUCACUGAGAUGCUUAAUGCUGCCAGCUCCUCAUUGUACUCACAGGGUCUCAGUGUAAACACACACUAUCCUUCUGUAAGGCCUAAGGAGGGACUAUUUCAAGCGCAGACAUCACGGUAUCUUAGUGAGUUUGAAGAAAUCUGCAGACUUGGGAAAGGAUCAUAUGGAAAUGUUUUUAAGGUUGUGAACAAGCUCGAUGGACAAAAUUAUGCUGUGAAGAAAAUUCUCAUCAAAAAAGUCUCAAAGGAUGACUGCAUGAAGGUUCUCAGGGAAGUCAAAGUGUUGUCCAGCCUGCAGCAUAUAAAUGUUGUGGGCUAUCACACUGCGUGGAUGGAACAUGUUCAGCCUGCAGCAUAUCCAGAGUCUCUCUUGCCUGCACUAGAAUCACCUGGACAACAAGACAGUUCUGAUGAGAGUCCUGACAGCAGCAACGCAAGCUCCUCUAUAGUUUUUCAAAGCCUAAGUCAAGCAGCAACAGAUGUAGCUGCAAGUGCCAGAGUAUCUCCAGGAGAGACCCAGUCUGCCAGAGCUUUAGUUCCAACCCAAGAGCAGGGUCAGGAGGUGUGUCCCAAGACGAUGCGCCGCAUCCCUGAGAACUACGUUCCCUGUGUGUUCCUGGGACAGCAAGGUCCCAUGAAGAGCUCCAAAUGUCCCGCCAUGGGUUGGGAUAGCUCAGCACUGUUAGAGGAGGAGUCCAGCAGGAGUAGCAUGGAGCUGAACAACAACAUCUGCAUUGACAAGGAUUGUCAACAGUGGGCUGACAAACACACAACAAAGCCUGCUAAAGAGGUACAGUUUCACCUGAUGCUGUACAUCCAGAUGCAGCUGUGUGAGCGCUCGUUGAAGGACUGGAUCUCAGAGAGAAACACCAAGCCCAAAGAAGAACAAAGCUCAAGAUGUCCUUAUGGAUGUGUUGAUACUGAACACACUCUCAGCCUGUUGAGAAACAUACUUGAAGGGGUGGAGUACAUUCACUCCAGGGGAAUCAUGCACAGAGACUUGAAGCCAAGGAACAUUUUCCUCCAUGCUAAUGACUGGCACGUUCGAAUUGGGGACUUUGGUUUGGCCUGCAGGGAUAUAAUAGUGGAUGGACAUGAAAGCACCGCCUCUCCCAUCAGUGAUUCCUCACAUACUACAGGUGUUGGUACAUUUGUGUAUGCUGCACCAGAACAAUUGAAUGGCUCUCAUUAUGAUUCAAAGUCAGACAUGUUCAGCAUCGGAGUGCUGGCUCUCGAGCUAUUCCAGCCCUUUGGGACAGAGAUGGAGCGGGUCCAGACUCUCGGAGACCUGAGAGAGGGGAAAAUCCCAGACUCGUUCUGCCACAGAUGGCCAAUCCUGACUAAGUACAUCAUGAAGCUAACAAGUAAAGACCCUGGUGUUCGACCUACGGCCAGCCAACUUCUACAAAGUGAACUCUUCUGCAGUAAGGACAUGGUGAUCCAUGGUUUGCAGAGAAGAGUUGAAGAGCAGGAAGAAGAGAUCAUGGAGCUGAGGAGACAGAUCAGUCAGCUUCAGAGCUCACAAGUCACAGUUCAUUUCUCUGGGUCAGACAAGACCUGAGCCUUAAAAUUUUCAAAAAUCCACAGACUGUUAAAACUUGAUUUACUCAGCCACUGCUGUACAAUGUUUUGGUGACCUGGUACAGGUGGUUGUGUGUGUGUGUGUGUGUGUGUGUGUGUGUGUAACAUUUGAGUGCGUCUUGUACACCUGAAUGUAAGGUUACAAUUAUUUAUCUUCAUUCAGCUGCUCAAUAAAACCUAUUUCUGCCA